UGCUUCCAUCUACUACCAUCGACACAUAACUUCUCGUGUUCUCUCGUCCCUGCCGUUAUUAUCAUCGCGAUAGUUCUUUUAAAAAAAGAACUAAGAGAGGUUAGAGUUCAUGAAGAAAACUUUUCACGUGGAUUGAGUGAAAUGCUCCAGGAGAUUGCUCGCUGCUGGCGUUAGGUUGACUGCGCUGCCGUGUGACGACCAGCAAGAUGAACGAAGGGCAGCUUGUGAUCAAACCACCGGCCGAUACGGACGAGACGCUAAAGCGAGAAGCUGAGGGUAACGGGAACUGGGGGGAUGUUGAACACAUAGGGAAGAAGCUGAAAGCUAACCCAGAUGAGCCAGACGUUAGGAAAUUUCCCAAGAGGAAAGUGGUACUGCUCCUUGCAUACUCUGGCAAAGGCUAUUAUGGCAUGCAGAGAAAUGUUGGAUCAACCCAGUUCAAAACUAUCGAAGAUGAGUUAGUCACGGCCUUGGUCAAGGCUGGGUGUAUUCCCGAGAAUCAUGGAGCUGAGAUGAAGAAAAUGUCCUUUCAGAGAUGUGCAAGAACUGACAAGGGAGUGUCUGCAGCAGGCCAAGUUGUGUCACUUAAGCUCUGGCUAAUAGAUGACAUUUUGGACAAAAUCAACAGCCAUCUACCAUCACAAAUCAGGGUGUUGGGGCUUAAACGAGUAACUGGUGGCUUCAACUCCAAGAACAAGUGUGACGCCAGGACAUACUCUUACAUGCUUCCGACUAUUGCCUUUGCCCCCAAAGAGCUAGACCAUGAAGAUGGAAGCUAUUGUCUGGAUAAGGAAACCUUGCAGAGGGUAAACCGGCUGUUCUCGUGUUACAAGGGCACUCACAACUUCCACAACUUUACCUCCCAGAAGGGCCCACGGGACCCCAGCGCCCGCCGCUACAUCAUGGACAUGGUCUGUGAGGAGCCCUUUCAGCAGCAGGGUAUGGAGUUUGCCGUCAUCAAGGUGAAGGGACAGAGCUUCAUGAUGCAUCAGAUCCGUAAGAUGAUUGGCUUGGUGAUCGCCGUAGUGAAGGGCUACGCUAAAGAGUCCAUUCAGGAGAGGAGCUGGGGUGAAGAGAAAGUGGACAUUCCGAAGGCUCCAGGUCUGGGCCUGGUGCUGGAGAAGGUGCACUUUGAGAAGUACAACAAGCGCUUUGGGGAUGACGGAGUCCAUGAGCCCCUGGACUGGACCAACGAGGAGGAGCUAAUUGCUGCAUUCAAGGAGGAGCACAUCUAUCCUACCAUCGUGGAUACAGAGCAAGAGGAGAAGUCCAUGUUGAGCUGGAUGAAAACUUUGGGCAUCCAUGACUUUGAGGCCACUGUGACAGAGCCUCAGGGUAACAGAGACUUGACACAGGAUGAUGAUGAAGAUGGAAAUGGAUCAGACUAAAUGUCCAAUGAAACUGUGGACAGACACCUUUUGCUCCCGAAGAAGGCAUUGGCUUGCUGUUUGCUGUGGAAGAAUUAGUUCUCCAUACCUGCUCAUAAAAAAUGUUUUUAGUAAUACUCAGGUGCUUUAUUCAUGUGAAGACUGAUUGUUUUAUCAUUUUGACAAAGAGGGAUCUGUUAUUUACAGUUAUGGUAUUAAAACAUGGUUCUUGACUCUGCUGGAGGUAGAAGGAAAUGGCAUAACAUCAGAACGUAUAUGAUUACCAAAUGUGACUUCAUGCUGCUGACAACACUCAGUCAAAUUCCUCCAUAUGCAUUGUGGAUGUAAAAAUGCAAAAAGUUAGACAUGGUCCAAAGGUUGCAUCUUUUAUUUUCUGUUCAUCUUUCUGAGCUUUUUGCGUAUGAUGCUUUUGCAUUAAAUGUAAUACUUUUUGUCCA